AUGCAUCAGUUUGAUGUGAAGAAUGCAUUUCUUCAAAGAAAUUUGGAGGAAGAAGCAUAUGUAAAUGUACCUCUAGGUUACACAUUUACCCAUCAAAAUAAUGUUAUUUGCAGCUUGAAGAAAUCUCUAUAUGGCUUAAAACAAUCACCUUGAACCUGGUUUGGGAGAUUCACUUAAGCUAUGAAAGGAUUUGGGUACAUACAAAGCAAAUGGGGAUCACACUCUCUUUAUUAAGCGUGGUGACCCAAAUAAGGUUACAGCCUUAAUUGUGUAUGCAGAUGAUAUCAUCAUAACAGGAGAUGACAUUCAAGAGACUAAAUGCCUUGGUCAAAAUCUAUCUAGAGAAUUUGAUAUCAAAUAUCUAGGAAGAUUAAAAUAUUUCUUGGGAAUUGAGGUUGCAUAUUCAAAAGGUGUAUUUCUUUCACAACACAAGUAUAUUCUUGAUUUACUUCAAAAGACUGGAAAUUGGAGUGUAAACCUGCUGACACUCCAAUUGAUCCCAACCUAAGUUUGGGAGAAGGUAAAGACUUUGAUCAGGUGGAAAAAAGCUCAUAUCGAUGGUUGAUUGAAAGGUUGAUAUAUCUAAAUCAUACCCGUCCGGAUAUAACAUUUGCAGUGAAUGUACUCAGUCAGUAUACAAAUGAUCCAAGAAAGAUACACCUACAGACAGCAUAUCGACUGUUGAAAUAUUUAAAGACAACAACAGGACAGGGCAUUCUGUUCAAAAAAGGAGGGAAUCAAUCAGUUGAAAGCUAUACCAAUGCCAAUUAUGCAGGGUCUGUUAUAGAUCACAGAUCAACAUCAGGUUAUUGUACAUUUGUUUGUGGAAAUCUUGUGACUUGGAGAAGCAAAAAGAAACAAGUAGUUGCACAAUCUGGUGCUGAAGCAAAAUUCAGGGCGUUGGCCCAAGGGAUACGUGAAGACUUAUGGAUUCGAGGUUUACUGGAUGAAUUGAGAGUCAACCAAUCAAAACACAUGAAAUUAUUUUGUGACAACAAGUCAGCAAUAGCUAUUGCCCGAAAUCCUGUACAACAUGACAGGACUAAACAUAUUGAAGUAGAUCGACAUUUUAUCAAAGAAAAAGUAGAAACAAGAGAUGUAGAUCUGAUAUAUGUUGGGACAUCAGAACAUGUUGCUGGCAUAUUCACAAAAGGACUCACAAGACCAGUAUUUCAAAGGCUGGUGUCCAAGUUGGGCAUGGAAAACAUCCAUACCCAACUUGAGAAGGGGUGUUGA